AUGACAGUUCCAAACGGAACCCACAAAACCGUCCCCAGCCGACUAUUCCAGAUUGAAACCCCCAAUCUGGAAGACUUCAAGAAAAUCUGCUCCCAAACCACCGACAAAUCCACCUACCCACUCGCAGCAUCCAUAGACCACAACAUCCCCAUCUACGAUGCCCGCACCCUGGACCUCCAAAACACCUCCCUCACCACCACCCAGCAAGACGAAUGGUACCACAUCCUAAGCACAGGACCCGGCAUCCUCGUCCUAAAAGGCAUGUACGACCCAACCCAAUAUGCCGACACCCUCAACACGACCAACCAAGCCUUCACAAGCAUCAUCACCCGCGAACGCGCCUCCAGCACCAAAAAAGGCGACCACUUCGCCGCGAGCGGCAAAAACGACCGCAUCUGGAACUCCUUCAGCAAACACGCCCUCGAAGACCCUUCCUCCUUCAUCAAUUACUACUCCAACCCCUGGCUCCGCCUCGUCAGCGAAACCUGGCUCGGCCCCGCCUACCGCGUCACCGCACAAGUCAACGUCGUCAAACCCGGUGGCGCAGCCCAGGACAGUCACCGCGAUUACCAUCUCGGCUUCCAGGAUCUGCAGACCUGUGCUUCCUUUCCGAGGAAUAUCCAGCUCGCGAGCCAGCAUCUGACUCUCCAGGGCGCGGUCGCGCAUAGCGACAUGCCGCUACAGAGCGGACCGACUCGGUUCUUGCCGUUCAGCCAGACCUAUGAACCAGGGUAUCUUGCCUGGCGACGGGAAGACUUCAGGGCUUUCUUCCAGGAGAAAUAUGUAGCUUUGCCUUUGGAGUUCGGGGACGGGCUGUUUUUUAACCCGGCUGUUUUCCAUGCCGCGGGUGCGAAUGAGACCGAACCCACUCCUGAUGGGGGGUUUCAUCGCAAGGCCAACUUGUUGCAGAUUAGUAGUGGGUUGGGGAAGGCGAUGGAGAGUAUUGAUGUCGUGCCGAUUGUGGAGAGGUGUUGGGGGACGUUGUUGGAGAGGUUUAAGCAUGCUGGGGAGGUGGAUAGGGGGUUGGAGAAUUUUGUCAAGGCUGUUGCGGAUGGGUAUCCGUUUCCGACGAAUUUGGAUAAAAGGCCGCCGGCGCCGAAUGGCAUGGCGCCGGAGAGUGAGCAGGAGAUUAUUGUUAGGGGGUUGAGGGAGGGGUGGGGGACUGAGAGGGCUGUCGAGGAGUUGAGGAAGAUGAGGGCGGAUUCUUGGGCUUAG